GAACCCCCGUCCCGUCUGCCACAACACGCAGGCGCACCCCUCAAAUCCUGUCCCUACCACACUCCUCUUUCUCUUCAUUUCGUUCCCCCUCCUCUUCCAGUACCUCAGCAGGUUCAAACUCUUCUACGUGACGGUGGCGGCCAUCGAGGGGUCACGUGAUGAGCAUCCUGCUGCCCAACAUGGCGGAGUUCGACACCAUCUCGGAACUGGAGGAGGAGGAAGAAGCGGCAACGUCGUCGUCGUCGUCGUCGUCGUCGUCGGUAUCGGGGCCUGACGAUGACGAAGAAGAUGAAGAGGAGGAAGAAGAGGAGGAGGAGGAAGAGGAGGAGGAGGAAGAGGAGACGCCGCCCCCGCCUCGGGUAGUGAGCGAGGAGCAUCUGCGGAGAUAUGCCCCGGACCCCGUGUUGGUGCGCGGCGCGGGCCACAUCACCGUGUUUGGCUUGAGCAACAAGUUUGAUACUGAAUUUCCCUCAGUUCUAACAGGGAAGGUGGCCCCAGAGGAAUUCAAGACCAGCAUUGGCCGUGUGAACGCAUGUUUGAGAAAAGCCCUCCCAGUCAAUGGGAGAUGGCUGCUGUGUGGUUGUCUCUGCUGCUGCUGCACCCUGGGCUGCAGCCUGUGGCCUGUUAUUUGUCUCAACAAAAGAACCAGAAGAUCAAUUCAGAAGUUAUUAGAAUGGGAAAAUAACAGAUUAUAUCACAAGCUUGCUUUGCACUGGAAGUUGACUAAAAGGAAAUGUGAAACUAGCAAUAUGAUGGAGUAUGUAAUACUAAUAGAAUUCUUACCAAAAUAUCCCAUAUUCCGACCUGACUGAGGAAUUUUAUUCAGUCCCUUCUGUGUUACCUGUCAUUUCCUACCCUUAGUGCCUUGUAGAUGAUUUUGGAAUGAAGAUGGUCUCCUUGCUGUGUUCAACUUAUUCUUUACAAUGGUAGAAUAUUCUCCUCACACUUUUAUUUGUGUUGGUUUAAGAAGAAAAUUUGCACAUCGUUUUUUCGUUGUUAAAUGAGGCUUGUGUUUUGCACUGUUAAUUUUUAAAUAAAUACGUGUGUGUGUGUGUGUGUGUGUGUAUAGUUACCAUUAAAGAUAAAACAUCAGUGCUGGUGUUUUAAAAAACACAAAAUCUUAUUCUGAGCAUGCUGCCUUAUUAUUUUCAUACUCACUGUUUCUAAAUAUGCAUCAUUUUUCUAGGCUACUUUAAUGCUCUGUAAUCCCUUGUUGGAUAUACAUAAAUAAGCUUUUGGUAGCUUUUAGAAAUCGUUUUACUCUUACCUGCUUUUAAAGGACAUGCAAUUAAUAGCACUGGUUUUGUCCUGCACUUUGCUAAAUUAUCACUUAUGUUAGUAGAUAAAAUAUUUAAACUCCUAAAGACUUGUAAAUAUUGUCUCUUUGCAUAAUGUAAAAUGUGAUAUGCCAUGGUUUACAGAAUGUAAUAUUACUCUUGCUGUAUUUGCCAACAAUUCUGCAUAGAUUUUAAUAUGAAUGAAGUUUGCAAGCAUCCUUUUGAAUGUACAGACUGUUAACAUACUAUUUUAUGGCAACACCAUAAAAGUAUGUUAAAAAUUUUAGGUGUAGGGCAGGGUUGCCCUUUGUAAUGAGUUGACUGAAAUUGAAAUCAUUGUCUGAGAUAUUCUGCAUUGCACCUGAAGCCAGGAACCUUAUUUUUUUCCAUUUAAUAUAAUAAUUCCCAUUUUGUACCCCACUCCCACCCCUAAAGUAAUUCAUUUAACAUCUGAAACAUUUCACAGCCUCACUGUCCUCAUUUAUUUCCCUUCAUGUUUCCAUUCCCUCAUUUGAAAAUACACAUAAUUAUGACGUGUAAGGAGUGUUUCAAGAUUUCAAAUGUCUAGACACCAUCCAAGCCACUGUUAACCCCUUUCUGGAGUUCUGAACCUCUACUUUGGGAAAGAGAGAAAGCUAAUUGAGAAACUGAAUCAUAAGCGAUAAAAUAUUCUUAAUCUUAUUUUUGAAAAUCUUUUUUAAACAUUAAUGUUUACUUAGACAAAAGUAUUUUAGUUUAUAUAUUCACCACAUAGGUAGCCUUUUCAUCGAUACAUAUUUCUCUAUUUCUCUUUGCAAUUAAGAUGAGUGAGAGUACCACACUCUUAAUUGUUCUAGAAUUUGAAUUUUUAGCAUAAUAAAAGCUUUAUAUUGUGUUAAUUCAACCGCAAGUGUAUGCCUACAUAGGCAUUAGCUCCUAGUGCUAAAAAUAAAAGUAUCUGGGACUGAAUAAUAUUUUAUUUAUUAUCUUACUCUUACUGCUUUUAGUAACUUCUUUAGGCAAGCAUUCAUCCCAGUGGCGGGAACAAUCAUUUCCUCAUACAAGGUCAGGCCUUUUAAAGCCACUUUUGAAAUUGAUGCCUAAUUUGAAAUCCAAAAUCCAGUAAAAGAAGACAGGGGGAAAGAGACACUGUUUGAUAUGUGGCUAUAAUUGUUUGCACAAACACUUUUCACCGCACUCUGUAGAGCCCCAUUGCCCCCUCGAUAACACCCAACCACCCAGAAUCUCUAAUUUUUAAUACAUUGUGUGUGCCUGCCUAUGUCAUUUGCCUAUUUGCUGUACAAUUGAAGCUAUAUUUUUAUAGACAAGGUGGAAACCUUUGAAAAUGCAUACCAAAUGUCUUGUUUUAUAGCUGAGGUCAGGGAAAAAUUGUAUCUGUGCUUUAUGUUCCAGCUAAUAACAGGUUUAUGCUUCAAACUGUGACAGUUUAAUACCAAAAUUGGUUUGCAGAAUAAUACAAAAUUUCUAAUUAUAACUGAUAGAAUAAUUACUUUUAAGUUAUCUACCCAUAAAAUGUCAUUUUUUUCUAUAAACUUAGAAUUUAACCAUGCUAUGGUCAUAGUAACUUUUUCUACCAUGUAUAAGUCAUACUUGCUUUUGCUCAAAGAAAAGCAGAAGGGGGUGAAUUGUUUCCAUGAUACAAAUAUUGAGACAGGAAUAGAGUGCACCUGGAGGUGACAGAGUAUAAUUCAAGUCAUGAAAACCAUUUGCCAGCAUGUGUAAACUUAAUUUUAAAACCUAGUCUAAUCACUCUUAAAUUUAUUAUUUUAUUGAUCAUCAUGCUGGUUGACUCACCUUAUUUUCUUGAACUACUCAGAAAAUACCCAGUUUUCUUUUUCUC